GCUUGCGUAGUAGGUACUCUGAACGUAGUGCCUACCUACUUACCUUAUGUAGAAUGGGAUCGACAAAAUAUCUAUAUAUACCUGAUAUAAAUUUAGUCGGUACCCUUUUACAUUAUGAUAUUUAUAAAAUAAAUUAGUUCUCACAAAUAAAAGUACCUAUGCCUUCCGUGAACCUUACUGAAUGUAAUUUUAAAUUUUAAUAAUACUUAAUAAAACCCGUCAAUAAUUAUAUGGUCACAAAUUAUGAAGACAAAAUCCUUCCAAAGUGAUGCAAAAUCAGGCACUUAUUUAGGUAAGUGUACAUAGGUAAUUGAUUUGCAUAAUUAUGAAAGAUUAGCUCGCUUUAUACUCGGAGCUCGGUUACACGCGAUGUCUAACAGCUUGACCUGCGAGUUGCGACGCUUUGUUAUCGACUUUCCGUCUAGUUACUAUUCUAUAGAGUAAUUGAAGCGGCGCGGAGUUGUGCUGACGGUACGUCUAGGUCGUAUGAAUAGCGCUUGGAUGUUUAGCUAGAGUUGUCGCUAAUAGUGUCCCCGUUGAGGGAUGUUGACUUGUGAGGAGUGAAAAGUUUUAUGACGGUAGCGAUGGCGGCGGGCGGGCGGCGCGCCGUAGGGCGCAUGCCCGCCACUGCGCCACUAUCGGUGCGCUGCCCCCUGGCGGCUCGCACCGCAGUGAAUUGCGUAACAAAGCACACUCGCCUUCAAACGCUACGCCGAAAACUUUCGUCCCGUCCGCGCUCGCGGAUUGUACGGGCGCAAAACGACUUAACUUUCCCGCGGCGCGCUUUUCCGAACCAACGCGAAAAUUUCAAGAAACUCACCCAUAUUUUCAGUACACCCAGGAUUUCGCUUGCGGCUUUUGUUUUUUUAAGUUUUUCAAGUUGUUAAAGUUGACUGUAAGCGGAAAGUGGAAAAGCAUUGUGCGGCAAUUUAAACAGUGUAAUCGUUACGUGUUGUGUUUAAUUGGUUAUCAUUUGUUUUAGUUUGCUUGUUUUGUUUAAUUUGGCGAGUGGUAGAAGCCGCCGGUGGCAGCGCUGGUGGGGAAUCGAUACCGACUGCGGUGGGAGCGGCGAAAGACAGCAUCGUGAUGGUGCGGCGGUGGGCAGCUACGCGGACGCGUUGAUCACUCCACAUGCCGACACCACUCUGCAGUCAGCAGAAAGAUGUCCUAAUAUGGGUUGGUCAUGCAUCGUGGCACGCGUCGUGGCCUUCUUCCUCAUGCUCAAUCAAGUAUCGGCUCUCACGUCCGACAUUUUUGCAGCGGGAAAAUCGGACAAAGAGAUAUUGGACAACCUCCUGAAAAACUCCCGCUAUGACAAAAGACUGCUUCCUCCCGUAGAUGAUCCAGAAUUUUGUUGUGGUCUAACAUCGCCCAAUGACUCUCUGGCUCAAAAUAGGGUCGGGCUGUCGUCGCUGCGGCCCCGCUCGCACAAUCGCGGUGUCCUCACCGUAAAUGUUAGCGUGCUACUUCUUAGUUUAGCAUCUCCAGACGAAUCUAGUCUUAAAUACGAGGUAGAAUUCCUUCUGCAGCAGCAGUGGUAUGAUCCGCGACUCCGCUACUCUAACCAGUCCCACUACGAUUUCCUCAACGCCAUCCACCACCACGAGGACAUCUGGCUUCCCGACACCUACUUCAUUAUGCAUGGAGACUUCAAGGAAUUUUCCCAGCACUCAUGGGACCCAAUAAUACCAAUGCACUUCGCGUUGCGUAUCUAUCGUAAUGGCACUAUAAACUAUCUGAUGCGGCGGCAUCUAAUAUUGUCCUGUCAGGGGCGGCUCAACAUCUUUCCUUUUGAUGACCCAUUGUGUUCAUUUGCCUUAGAAAGUAUAUCAUACGAGCAGUCAGCAAUAACAUAUGUGUGGAAAAACGAUGAGGAUACGCUUCGUAAGUCGCCAUCAUUGACGACUUUGAACGCGUAUCUAAUCCAGAACCAAACCAUCGCUUGCCCCAUCAAAGCGAGUUGGAGAGCUGAGGGUAAUUCACUUUACGAAGAAGACGAAGAGCUGACAUGUAAUCUUUGCCAGAGACGGUUUGAGGAGCAAGGUAACUACAGCUGUCUAAAGGUCGACCUAAUAUUUACAAGAGAUCGAGCGUUCUACUUUACUACAGUAUUUAUUCCUGGGAUUAUAUUGGUGACUUCCUCGUUUAUCACGUUUUGGUUGGAGUGGAAUGCGGUCCCGGCGCGUUCCAUGAUAGGUGUGACGACGAUGUUGAAUUUUUUCACAACAUCAAAUGGUUUUCGCUCCACCCUGCCCGUGGUAUCCAACCUAACUGCUAUGAACGUUUGGGACGGCGUGUGCAUGUGCUUUAUAUACGCCUCCUUAUUGGAGUUCGUGUGCGUGAACUAUGUGGGAAGAAAACGGCCUUUACACAACGUCGUCUACAGACCAGGGGAGAAUCCCGUUACUCAGCGACUGCCUGCAGUCCUGAGCAGAAUUGGCAUUAUACUGGCCAGCCCCUUGGAGGCGAUGGCAUUCCUACAAUGGGCUAAAUCAGACGCGAACGAGCCAGAACCAAGCGGUGCCGGAGACAAAAAGAGAGAGUCGACAGGUGCUGCGGACCUAGUAUCGUGUACUACGUGCACAGGAGCGCCGGGUUCCUGUACACACACUGCCAACAACGGAGGCGUAUCAGAGCCAUGUUUCGUCCAGGUUCGCAAAAAAGAACCCCCUCAUCCGAUUCGCGUGGCGAAGACAAUCGAUGUUAUCGCACGAAUCACCUUCCCCACUGCCUACGCCGUGUUUCUGAUCUUCUUCUUUAUACACUACAAGGCCUUUUCUUAAUGCUGCCUCUACUUUACUUCCCGCUGCAGGCUGCUUCAUGUGAACUGGACAGUUAUAUUCUUAGAUCUUGUACGUAAGUACUUCUUUCACACCGCUCGUAUAAAUUGGAUCGCGCUGCAAGUGACAACCUCCUCGGUGCAGAGUGUGUUCUCCUAACGAGUGUUGAUGUUGACAUUUGUUGCCAUUGCAAAUUGUGAUGAUUACUCACUAUAGUGAUAGUAUUUGAUAUUAGGAUAAGGACCAUAUUCAAAGCUGUUGCAAAUAGUUGCAGCUUGCCGUUGUUAAAUAGGACGUCAUUGAAGUAAGGUAUAUCGAUUAGAGACAAGUGCGAAUUUUCUACAAGUUUUGAAAUAGUUUUCAACAAUUAUUCAUAAGUAGGGGAUCGCUGAGUAUGGGUACGAUUUUAUUAGUUUCUUAUCAAUACCAGGAAACUUAUGAUAGGAUAAAGAGGGAACAAUAAAAUAUUAGUGUGAAUAUUCUGCAUGUAUGCAGAUAACGAUACACGGGACUGUUGAUGAGCGGUGUUCGAAUGCGCAUUCUAAAGGUGCGACGGAAAGGUGGUUUGGUUAGAAUAAAGAAAUCUAUUUCAAACCUUAAGACAGUCCAAAUAUAAAUCAUUGCUUUAAGUUCAUGAGACGUAUAUUUUAAGAUAGCAAAAUACAUAACUUUUAUGUAUGUUACAUUUAAUCACCACUGUUUCCUUUAUUUAUAGUAUAUGUGACAUAUUAUGUAUAUAAAUAUACACCCACACAAGUUAAAGUUGUGAUAAUAUCAUAAUUCAAUGUUAUAAUGUUUGCUUUUUAGAAGUGCUACAAAGUCAAUAGGAACGUGUAGAUUUUAUUCAAGUAUUUCCUGCAUAAUACGUGUGUUAAAGUUUAGUUUCAAAUUAUUCGAUUAGAUAUAAGUCAAGAUGAAGCUCAAGACUCUUAUUUCAAAAUGUAUGUAUUAGUAUCGUUAUUAAGAUACACUGGAUUCUCGGAUUGUCUGUUUUUAUAAUAAUACCUACUUCGUUUUAGUUUGUGAUCUGUGUUUAAUGUGAAACCAUGAACAUGCCUUCUAAGGUUAAUAUUGUUUGCAGCCUUGACAUUUAUUUAUUUAAACUUUAUUUCACAUAAAAAACAGUACAACAGGCAGACUUAAUGCCACUAUAUGCAUGACAUUACGUAGGAUUUAGCAGUCGCUACAGCCCGCCCCGCCGUAGUAUAGAUACUCUAGGCAGGUAGGUACAACAAAGCGAAGCGUGCUUAUGCUUAGUAUACUUUGUUACAAUGAAAUUAAUUCAAAUUAAAUAAUAUCUAAAUCAAUGUAUAGUUAUAUCCACUAAGUAGGUAUGUUAUAUACACUGAAUGGCGGGAAAUGAAAUUUUAGGUAUUUGUUCGCAAGUAUGUUAACUGUUAUAUGUAUAACUUCGUUACUUUGUGUUUUUCCACGAGGUACCCACGUCUUAAAAGCAUUACCUUACAGUGUUGGAACAAAUUUGAAUAAUGCAUACCGUAAUACUGUUGCUUACAUUAUUAUUGUCUCUUUCUGUUGUAGUUUUAUGUAUUAUUUAAACUAAACACUUGUUGUUUUUUAUAGCUCUGUUGGAAUGUUUGAUUAGUGGCUGUUUCCUUAUCAAUGUAUAGAGGUAGUAAUGAAGCGCACGCAAGUUUUAAUGAUAAUUAACGACCAGCCUUCAACAAAGAGAGAUAUAAUCAUUAAAGUUGCUUAACUAUCCAUGAUUUCUUAAUAACAAUCAAUUUCUAAUAAUUAUACAUUUAACCAACGGAAAAGAGAAAUUAAAAAUAGGAAGACUGCUUAACUACAUGUAUACUAGUCCGGCUGUAUAAAUGCGAGGUUGCUGGACAUUGACAGUAUAUUUAAGCCUUCAGCAUUCUCCAAUGUUUUUCUUACAUAGGUAUAUAAAUAUUAUACAUUUUUUUUACACAGAUCGACCUAGUCUCAUAGUAAGCUCAAUAAGGCUUGUGUUGUGGGUUCUAGACGACGGUACAUAAUAUAUAUGCAUACAUAUAUAUUUAUACUUAAUUAAUUAAUUGCUUUUUCAUUACGGAAUGAACUACAACUUCUUUUUUCUAUGGUAACUGAGUGUAUAGCUAUUAAUCUAAUCAUAGUCACCAGCCGGGCUAGAUAUAUGUGCAUGUCAAUUGAUAGAUAAAUAAACAAUAAAAUCCUCGUUUCAUAAUCCAUGGUUAUUUUAAA